GAGAAUUUUCACUUUGAAUGGCACACUUUCAAUUAAAAUUGUCUUCUAUCUCUCUCUUUCUCUCUCAUCUCUCUUUCUCUCUCCUCUCUUUCUGUCUCACCCCAAAAUCUUUAGGCUCAACCCACCAUCCAAUUCCCAACCAUAGUUCGUCACAAAAGCUAAAACCUUUUUAGGGUUCUUAUCAUCUUCCCUCAAUUCGCCAAUAACAGAAAGAAAAAAGAAAAAAAGCAGGACACCCAGAACGAAACGAAUCCGAAAGUUCAAAUCUUUCUGCGAUUUAGAUGGCCGAAAUGGAAGAAAUUGGACCUGAUGUCUGUUCGGAUUUAGAAGUGGAUGACAUUAGAUGCCCCAAUAUAGCAGAGAAAGAUGUGAGUGAUGAAGAGAUUGAUGCAGAAGAAUUGGAGCGGCGAAUGUGGAAGGAUCGAAUCAAACUCAAAAGGCUAAAGGAAAGACAGAAGCUGGCGAUUCAACAAGCUGCAGAGAAGCAAAAGCCAAGGCAGUCCAGUGAUCAAGCUCGAAGGAAGAAAAUGUCAAGAGCACAGGAUGGGAUUCUGAAGUAUAUGCUGAAGCUUAUGGAAGUGUGCAAAGCUCGUGGAUUUGUGUAUGGGAUCAUUCCUGAGAAGGGGAAGCCAGUUAGUGGUUCCUCUGAUAACAUUAGAGCUUGGUGGAAGGAGAAGGUAAAGUUUGAUAAGAAUGGCCCUGCAGCUAUAGCCAAGUAUGAAGCUGAGUGUCUUGCUAUGAGUGAGGCAGAUAACAGCCGAAAUGGUAACUCGCAGAGCAUUCUCCAAGAUCUGCAAGAUGCAACACUUGGAUCACUCUUGUCUUCUUUGAUGCAACAUUGUGAUCCUCCUCAGAGGAAGUAUCCAUUGGAAAAGGGUGUGCCUCCACCAUGGUGGCCAACUGGUAAUGAAGAUUGGUGGUCACAGUUGAAUUUACCUCAUGGUCAGAGUCCUCCUUAUAAGAAGCCACAUGAUUUGAAGAAGAUGUGGAAAGUGGGAGUGCUCACUGCUGUUAUAAAGCACAUGUCACCUAAUAUUGCAAAGAUAAGGAGGCAUGUUCGGCAAUCAAAAUGCUUGCAGGACAAGAUGACGGCAAAGGAAAGCGCGAUUUGGUUGGGCGUUUUAAGUCGAGAAGAAGCUCUCAUUAGACAGCCUAGUAGUGACAAUGGAACAUCUGGAGUAACUGGAAUGCUACCUGGUGUUCCUGCUGAGAAUAAGCAAGCUGCUAGCAGUGCAAGCAACUAUGAUGUUGAUGGUACUGAUGAUGGCAUUGGUUCUGUUUCGUCUAAAGAGGAUAGGAGAAUUCAGAUUGUGGAAACCGAACCACCAGUUAACUUGCGCAGGGUUAGGAAGCCUGGCCAAGAUAGAGAUCAAUCUAAGCAGCGACGGCUGCCGAAAAAACCCCGAGUGUCAUCAAGGACUGUUGACAAACCGCCAGCACAAUCUGACAACGAAGUUUUGCAUGCUGAGCCAAGAAGUAAAGGGCUGAAUAUUAACCAGACAGGAGCAGAAGUAGCUCGAAUCCAGAUUCAUGGAAAUGAACAGUCCAAUGAGACAGAUUCUGCUGCAAGGCCACUGGAAAAGGAGCUUGAGGUGCCUGCACAACUACCAGCACCCGAGUUUGAUCAUUACUCUUAUUUACAUACAAACAACUUAAUUUCCUCAGAAAGUAUUUAUACGAGUGGAAGGCCAAUACACUAUCCUGAGUUGCAAAACCCUGGCAUGCAUCAUCAUGAACCCUCUUAUAAUCUUUAUAAUCCAGCAACAGGGUAUGAACCUGGUCAUAGGCAGCAGCUACAUCCUGGGAACAACAGUGAAGGAAGGCCAGAUAUUGAUGCAGUUCAUGCACAAGGUGUGCAUAUGAAAGGGGAUGAAAUGACUGGAGGUGAUUUGCAAUACUUUGGUAAAGAUGCAUUUCAGAAUGAGCUUGAUAGACCUAUGGAUCACUCUUUCUUUGGAUCACCGCUUAGUAACAUGUCAUUAGAUUUUGGAGGACUUAACAGUCCAUUCCAUUUAGAUGAUUUCUUGGGUGAUGAUGAAAUGAUACAGUACUUUGGAGCAUAAUUUAUUGAAACUGCUAGCUCAGCAGAGACAGUAAGUGCUAUUAUUCUUCCUCUCUUGUAUAAUGCUGUGUAAAAAUUGUAUAUCAUGAUCCAUGACUUCUGUAUUGUAUUCAUCCUUUUCCAGGAAUAACAAAAAUUCCAGUACCUGUUGCUUAUCUGGGUAAAGGUUCCCAGAUUGGUAUUAGUGUCUAUGGAGUUUGAGGUUCAAUUUUUUUAACUAACAGGUCAUAAGCAGGGUAUUAGAAGAACUGAAGCAUGAACUCCUGUAUCAAUUAGCCCAUUUCCAUAGCAAUAAAUAUGUUUUAGGGUUGAAUGUAAACUUAUCAAUUGGUGUAUUCACUGAACUGCACAUAUGAAUGAAUGUUUAGUAUUUUUAGAUUUUUAGAAUAGGGUUGCCUCCAAAUUUAAUAAAUUAUCUUUGUUUCCA